AUGUCUGUUCAGAUCUUGCCAGGUCCUCAGGCUCUAUCACCCUUUAGAGUGGAAAACUUGGUGAAGGGUAUUAAUGCUUACUGUAACAGUUCUUCUGUGAUCACAGAAGUCCGCUCCUGUUACGUUCACUACGUCGAAGUGGAAACCGACAAGUUGACUGAACAAGACGAAAAAUUGUUGGAGAUUCUAUUAACCUACGAUCAACCUCUGGCCCAAGACGACUCUUAUUGCGAGCUUUUGAGAACUAGUGUAAUCAAGAACACACCCUGCAAGCUUGGAAACGAUACAUACUUGGUGAGAGUUCUUCCAAGAUACGGUACUAUUUCUCCUUGGUCAUCAAAGGCUACAAAUAUUUCAACUGUAUGUGGUCUUGAUGGCAAGGUUAACCGUAUUGAGAGAGGAGUAGCGUUAUUGAUCAAGGCGGUGCCAGGAUUUCCACUUUUGGAGAACUUGAAUGAUGUCUCUCUUGCAUCCUGUUUUGAUCGUAUGACUCAACAACUCUUUUUAGAGGAGCCUCCUUGCACAGACUCUAUUUUUACUCAUGAAACCCCAAGACCCUUGGUACACGUUCCACUCGUUUCGAAGUCAUCUGCCAACCCAAAGGAAACGUUGGAAAAUGCCAACGUUAAGAUGGGUCUAGCCCUAGACAAAGGUGAGAUUGAAUACCUGAUCGAUGCCUUCGUAAAGACCAUGAAGAGAGAUCCAACUGACGUUGAAUUGUUUAUGUUCGCACAAGUAAAUUCUGAGCACUGUCGUCACAAGAUCUUUAACGCUGAUUGGACUAUUGAUGGCCUGCAAAAGAGUUUAUCCUUGUUUAAGAUGAUCAGGAACACGUACGACAAGUGCCCUGAUUUCACAAUCAGCGCCUACUCUGAUAACUCUGCUGUUUUGGAAACCGGUAACGAAUCUUAUUUUUACGCACCCGAUUUCAAAACGAAGGAAUGGAUGGCUUUGAAAGAAAACAUCCCAAUGCUAGUUAAAGUCGAAACCCACAAUCAUCCAACAGCGGUGUCGCCUUUCGCUGGUGCUGCUACUGGUUCCGGUGGUGAAAUUAGAGAUGAGGGUGCCACUGGUAGAGGUUCAAAAUCCAAGUGUGGUUUGGGUGGCUAUUCUGUCAGUGAUCUUUUGAUUCCUGGCCAAAAGCAGCCAUGGGAGAUAGAUAUUGGUAAGCCGGGACACAUCGCCUCUUCACUGGAUAUUAUGAUUGAAGCUCCAUUGGGAUCUGCUGCUUUCAACAAUGAAUUUGGUAGACCUUGUAUUAAUGGUUAUUUCAGAACUUUGACCACAAAAGUUCUAAAUUCUGAUGGCAAGGAAGAAUUUAGAGGCUACCACAAACCCAUUAUGAUUGCUGGUGGUUUCGGUACGGUCAGACCGCAGUUUGCACUAAAAAACAAGCCAAUUACGCCUGGUUCCAGUUUGAUCGUUCUAGGUGGACCCUCAAUGUUAAUUGGUUUGGGUGGUGGUGCUGCAUCCUCUGUUAAUGCUGGAGAAGGUUCUGCUGACUUAGACUUUGCCUCUGUUCAAAGGGGUAACCCCGAAAUGGAACGUCGUUGUCAACAAGUUAUCGAUGCCUGUGUCUCUUUGGGUUCAGGAAAUCCAAUACAAUCCAUUCAUGAUGUUGGUGCUGGUGGUUUGUCAAACGCUUUGCCGGAGUUAGUUCACGAUAAUGAUAUGGGUGCCAAAUUUGACAUAAGAAAAGUUCUUUGCCUAGAACCAGGUAUGUCUCCUAUGGAGAUUUGGUGUAACGAAUCUCAAGAACGUUACGUGUUAAGUAUCUCUCAACAAGAUGUCCAACUAUUCAAAGAUAUUUGUGAAAGAGAACGGGCUCCUUUUGCAGUUGUGGGACAUGCUACUGCUGAACAACGCUUGAUAGUUGAGGAUUCAUUACUAAAGACUACACCCAUCGACCUAGACAUGUCAAUACUGUUCGGAAAACCUCCAAAAAUGACAAGAAGUGCGAUCACACAACCAUUAAGCCUGCCAGCUCCCGACUUAAGUGCCAUAGAGUCCUUGAGUGAGGCGAUUGAUAGAGUUCUUCACUUGCCAUCUGUUGCCUCUAAAUCUUUCUUGAUCACCAUUGGUGAUAGAACUGUUACCGGUUUGAUCGAUAGAGACCAGUUUGUUGGUCCUUGGCAAACCCCAGUUGCUGAUGUUGGUGUCACCGGUACCGCUCUUGGUGACAAGGUUGUUUCUACUGGUGAGGCUUUGGCAAUGGGUGAAAGACCAAUCAAUGCAUUGAUCUCCGCGGCUGCAUCAGCUAAACUCUCUGUCGCUGAAUCUCUAUUGAAUUUAUUGGCCGCUGAUAUCAAGUCCUUGAAGCAUGUUAAACUCUCAGCAAACUGGAUGUCUCCAGCUUCUCACCAAGGUGAAGGAUCUAAACUAUAUGAGGCUGUCCAAGCUAUAGGUAUGGACUUAUGUCCUGCGUUAGACAUUGCAAUUCCCGUUGGAAAGGACUCCAUGUCUAUGAAGAUGAAAUGGGCUGACAAAGAAGUCACUGCACCACUUUCUUUGAACAUCACAGCAUUUGGCCCAGUUAACGAUACAUCGAAGACUUGGACCCCACUGUUGGAGAAGACUGAAAACACACUGCUGGUUUUGGUUGAUUUGGCUGCAACUCAAAGUGAAAAAUCCCUGGGCGGCUCUGCACUCCUGCAAGUCUACAAUCAAGUUGGAAACACAUCACCAACUGUACACGACAACGCGCUAUUCAAGGGAUUAUUGGAGUCCCUUUUGGAGCUUCACAAAACUGAUUUGGUCUUAGCAUACCAUGACAGGUCUGAUGGUGGUCUUCUCAUUACGCUUUUGGAGAUGGCUUUCGCCUCUAGAUGUGGUUUGGAUAUCGCAGUUGAUGCUUCAUCUGGCAAAGCGUUGGUUCCAUUGUUCAAUGAAGAACUUGGUUGCGUGUUCCAGAUUACUGAGUCAAAUUUCAGCAAGUUCCAAAGCGUCCUAAACAAGAAUGGCGUCUCUUCUGAGUACAUUUCAGUUGUUGGUAAGCCAAACUUCGAAACGCAAGAAGUUAUUAUUAGAGACAAAGCAGGUGAUGUGUUGUACGAAAACACUAGAGGACGUCUACAGGAGGCCUGGGCAUCCACUUCCUACCACAUGCAAAAAUUGAGAGACAAUCCUCAAACUGCUGAGCAAGAGUUUUUGACUAUUGCUGAUGAUAAAGAUCCAGGUUUGCACUACUCUUUGACGUAUGAUCCUGCUGAUGAUUUGAAGAUCGGUCAACAAUUGAGUACUACUAGACCAAAGGUUGCAAUCUUGAGAGAACAAGGUGUCAACGGUCAAAUGGAAAUGGCUUGGUGUUUUCAACAAGCUGGAUUUACUGCUAUUGACGUUACCAUGACAGAUAUCUUGGAUGGUAGAUUCGACCUCAAGGAUUUUGUUGGUUUUGCAGCAUGUGGUGGUUUCUCCUAUGGUGACGUUUUGGGUGCAGGUGCCGGUUGGGCUAAGUCUGUAUUGUAUCAUGAAGGUGCUCGCCAACAAUUUGUCAAUUUCUUCCAAGAGAGAAAAGAUACAUUUGCCUUUGGUGCUUGUAACGGUUGUCAAUUUUUGAGCAGAUUAAAGGAGAUUAUUCCUGGAUGUGAAAACUGGCCAAGCUUUGAAAGAAACUUCAGUGAACAGUACGAAGCUCGUGUUUGCAUGGUCGAAGUUGUUCAAGAUGAAGGUAGUGAAACUGAGAGCGUUUUCUUUAACGGAAUGGUUGGAUCAAAAUUACCAAUUGCAGUUGCACACGGAGAAGGUAAGGCUACUUUCACCUCCGAGGAACAACACGCUACAUUUGAGAAACAAGGUGGCUGUGGUGUAAGAUAUGUGGACAACUACGGAAAUGUUACCGAGAAAUUCCCCUUCAACCCUAACGGUUCUACAAGUGGUAUUGCUGGUGUGAGAUCGCCCAAUGGCAGAGUCCUCGCUAUGAUGCCCCACCCUGAGAGAGUGUGUAGAUUAGAAGCCAACUCAUGGUAUCCAGCUGAAAAGUAUGACGAAUGGCAAGGAUAUGGGCCAUGGAUCAGAAUGUUCAGAUCUGUGAGAAAGUGGGUAGGCUGA